AUGGCCGAGUUCCCAGUCACUGAUGGCAUCAUAACGGUCAUCAAGGCCCCCGAGGGUUACCGGGUGGACUUUGAGCAUCCGCAGCAACAGAAAGUGCUCGAACAUUACCUUGUAUUCGGCAUCCUGGGUCCCUUGGCAUUCUUGACAUUGAUACAGAGGUUCUACACCAAAUUCUGUCUUUCCGACGGCCUAAAGAUUGACGACUUCCUGAUAUUCUUCGCUUGGUCAGUGCAGACUUGGUCUAUAUCGAUUGGAGGCUUGGGCCAUCAUGCUUUCGAGAUGUCUAUACAGACUUACGAGAAGCAUAUGCUGAGCUCUUACAUCGUUGCCCCCGUGUUUAUUAUGUGCAACGGCUUUACUAAGACGUCGCUUUUGCCAGCCUACCUCAACAUCUCGCCACAAAAAAGGUACCGCAACGCGAUCUUGACAGCCAUAGCAAUGGUAGCCACGUACACAGUCAUCAUCGCAUCUUUACUCCUAUCUCAAUGCCAACCCAUUCGCACAAACUGGGACCCAUACACAAUCGGAACAUGUCUCAACUCCGCAGUACUCUACAUGGCUAUCGCCGUUUCUAAUAUCGUUUCUGAUGUCGUUCUUUUCAUCACCCCCAUUCCCAUGGUUCUCCGUUUGCAAAUGCGACCGGCGGUCAAGAUUGGUGCUGUGCUCAUGUUUGGAAUCGCAUCCAUAACUGUCACAACAUCUGUAGUCCGCAUGGUCUACUUGCAGUCACUUCUUUCAACCAACUAUAUUCUAUGGGUCGCGGCCCCUGCAAACGUCUGGUCGUAA